AUUGAAUUUCCCCAUUCGCCCACACACAAAACGCAUACCGCCUAACCCUAGAAAUUUUAGAAAGAGGCCGCCAACGGUCGUCACCCCCUCAUGCCCGCAUCCUCCUUCCAUCUCCACUGCUUGGCGGGAAAGAGCCCCACCUCAAAUUUGAAUUUUCCCACGCUUUUCGAACUCCCAACGGUCCCAUCCUCCAUGGAUGGAAACGGAAAGAAGCAGUGCGAGGUGAAGAAAAAGAAACGGAUGAGAGAAGCGGCGAAGAUGGUCUGUAAAAGCAGCGCAGAUAUCGAAGAUUUCGCUCCGGAGGAAGUCGCGAAGAUCAGGGAUUCUCUGCUGUGCUGGUACUAUGAAAACCAGAGGAUAUUGCCUUGGAGAAUCAACCAUGAUGAAGAAAAGGUGGGGGGAGCGGAAGAGAGAGAGGCGCGUGCUUAUGCAGUCUGGGUCUCAGAAGUGAUGCUGCAGCAGACGAGGGUUCCGACCGUUAUAAAUUAUUAUAACCGUUGGAUGGAGAAAUGGCCCACUGUUUCUGAUCUUGCUAAAGCUUCUCAAGAGGAGGUUAAUGAGAUGUGGGCGGGCUUGGGCUAUUACAGGCGUGCUCGCUUUUUGUUAGAGGGGGCUAAAUCAAUUGUAGGAGGCGAAUUUCCAACAACAGUUUCUGCCCUUCGGAAGGUUCGAGGCGUAGGAGAUUACACAGCAGGGGCUAUUGCCUCGAUAGCUUUCAAGGAGGCAGUACCUGUGGUCGAUGGAAAUGUGAUUAGGGUGAUUGCGAGACUAAAGGCUAUUUCGUCAAAUCCAAAAGAGUCUGAGACCAUCAAGAGCUUUUGGAAGCUAGCAGGGCAGCUAGUUGAUCCUUCUAGACCUGGAGAUUUCAACCAAGCUCUGAUGGAACUUGGGUCUACCAUAUGCACUCCAACCAGCCCAGGCUGUUCUAGAUGCCCCAUUUCUGAUCAAUGUCAUGCCGUUUCUGUCUCCAGAAACUGUGAAUCAAUACGGGUGACGGAUUAUCCAUUUAAGGUGGCAAAGGCCAAACAACGGAAGGACUUUGCUGCAGUUUGCGUUGUUCAAAUAACGACAGACCAGGAUCCAAAGCUUUAUAAGAAAACCAACAAAAGUGAUGUUUUCCUUCUCGUAAAAAGGCCAGAUGAAGGACUGCUCGCUGGCCUCUGGGAGUUCCCUUCUGUACUGUUGGACGGAGAAGAAGUUGACGUGAGUGCAAGGAGACAAGCAAUGGAUCAAUAUUUAAAGAAGUCAUUUAAGCUUGAUAUAGAGGAUAACAGCAGUGUAAUUUUGAGGGAAGAUGUUGGAGAAUAUGUUCAUGUGUUCUCUCACAUUCGGCUACAGAUGUAUGUGGAGUUGUUGGUUUUAUGUCUGAAAGGUGGUGUGAGUGUCUUGAAUUGUGAAGAGGACCAGAACUCAGCGGCAUGGAAGUGUGUUGAUGGCGAGUCCAUCGAAGCCAUGGGAUUGACAUCUGGAGUAAGAAAGGUUUACAAUAUGAUCAAGGAUUUUAAGAAGGACAAACAGCCACUAAAUCUCAAACGAGCAAGAAGGAAAUAGGUUCUGAGAAAUUGAGUUGAUGAACUGAAGAUUUCAAUUGGUUCUUGGUGUGUAAGAGGGUAGGUUGUCCACAAUUUCUGGUAUCUGUUAAUUAUGUACUUGGGUUUUGAGCUGC